GCGACUGAUGUUCUGUUGUUGGUGGAGUGUCGGCGGAUCGGCACCAGCUUUUGCCGAUAACGAUAAGCUAAGAAAAAGUUCGGAGGAAAACAAAAAAUUGGGGACCUUCCUACAGACUUCGAGAUCAAACUCGACAACAGAAACCACGUUCAGCCGACUCACCAACGAAAAGAAACGGCGAAAAGCGAAACAGAUAUCGCCUUGGAAAGAGGCGACUCGAAUUUAUUCAAUGGUACCCCCUUCGAAGAAGCGCAAGCUUCCAACUGCGACCGGUCCCGCCUCGAAACGAUCAAAGAACAUCUCCAAGAAGAAAUCCGGCGGAAAAGAAUCGCGCCGAGCCGUCGACGCUACAGCCCUCGCUUGGUCAUCGGUAGGCGAGGACUUUGGAGGACUAGAGGUUAUCGAGGGCGUGGACGUGGUCAAGGAUGGUAGCAGAGUGCAAUUCCUCGUGGCUGGCGACAAGAGCAACAUAAUCGAUCCUCAACAAGAAGUCCUCGAUGGGGACCAAUCUUUUGAAGGGUUUGGCGACGACACUGUGGAGGUCGGGGAUAUCAAUCCCGGCGAAGCUGGCAGUGGUCAAGGUGGCUUGGAGAGCGAGAAGCCUCAAGGGAAGAAUAAGGGCAAGGCUGGGCAAGGGAAAGCAGAGCAAGAAAAGGUCAAGAAGAACAAAAACAAAGACAAAUUGGAUGGGAAGAACAGUCGCCCCAAAAAAGAAGACGAGCAGCUGGACAAGGCCUCGAAAGUCGUACAAAAGUCCUCUGCACGCGGGGGCAACACGUUCGGCGCGUUGGCCGAUGCGAACGACUACGCAGACCAAGAAGACGUCGACAUGGCGGCCUGGGUUCCUCUGAACCUAUCACCUCAGAUUCUCUCAGCCAUCGCGAAACUCAAGUUUACCAAACCGACUUUGAUUCAGGAGAAGACGAUUCCCGAGAUUCUGGCUGGCGAUGACGUUAUUGGCAAGGCACAGACAGGUUCAGGAAAGACAUUGGCUUUCGGUAUUCCCAUGGUUGAGCGCUGGCUGGAGCUGCAAGAACAAGGCGUCGAGAGAACUGGUCCCAUGGCUGUGGUACUUUCUCCUACACGAGAAUUGGCUAAGCAAUUAGGUGAUCAUCUCAAGGCACUCUGUGACGGUCUUCCCAGCGCGCCGUACGUGUGUGUUGUGACAGGUGGUCUCAGCAUUCAGAAGCAGCAGCGACAAUUGGAGAAGGCUGAUAUCGUUAUUGGCACACCAGGUCGUUUAUGGGAGGUCCUCAGUGGCGACAGGGCUUUGCAAAGCAAAUUCGCCAAGAUCAAGUUCCUUGUUGUCGACGAAGCCGAUCGACUUUUUAAAGUUGGUCAAUUCAAGGAGGCAGAGGAUAUUAUUGGCGCUCUCGAUGGAAAAAGCCCCGGCGACGACGCAGAGAGCUCAGACGAGGACGGGGACGAGGAUGAUGAUGAUGAAGAGGAUGAUGACCGUAAUGCACGACAGACAUUGGUCUUUUCAGCAACCUUCGACAAGGACCUUCAGACCAAAUUGGCUGGAAAGGGCAAAUCUACAGGAAACGAUGAGGAGAAGAUGGCUUAUCUGAUGAAGUGUCUAAAGUUCAGGGGUGAGCCUAAAUUCAUCGACGUCAACCCCGUAAGCCAGAUGGCUCAGGGCUUGAAGGAGGGACUUAUUGAGUGUGGUGCUAUGGAAAAGGAUCUUUAUCUCUACACCGUUCUCCUUCUCAACCCUGGUCGCCGCACUCUCGUCUUCACCAACUCCAUCUCUGCUGUUCGCCGUUUAACACCCCUUCUCUCAAAUCUUAACCUCACAGCUCUACCUCUGCACUCUCAAAUGGCACAAAAGGCGCGCCUUCGUUCACUUGAGCGUUUCACUGCUGCUCGCAAUUCUAUUCUCAUUGCCACCGAUGUUGCCGCUCGUGGUCUCGAUAUCAAGCAGGUUGAUCAAGUUCUGCACUACCAUGUCCCCCGAUCUGCCGAUACUUACAUCCAUCGAUCUGGUCGUACAGCUCGUGGCGAGUCUAGUGGCGUGAGUGUGAUUCUGUGCUCACCUGACGAAGUCCUUCCUACACGACGUCUUGCAAGCAAGGUUCACGCCGAGCGUAGCUCGGGUGCAAAGAGAGAGCACUUUAUUCAGACUCUCCUUAUUGAUCGAAGGAUGGCAUCGCGUCUCAAACCCCGCGUGGACCUGGCCAAAAAGAUCGCCGAUACUGUACUAGCCAAGGAAAAGGCUCACAGCGACGAUACAUGGCUACGAAAUGCAGCUGAUGAACUUGGAGUAGAAUACGACUCUGAAGAUCUCGAGGCUGUCAACGCAAGCGGUGGCAAGGGUGGUCGAGGUGGUGGACGAAGGAGAAAGGAGCAGGCAGCCAAGAGCCUGUCUAAGGCCGAAAUGGGUGCUUUGAAGGCUCAACUGAGAGAGGAGUUGAGCAGAAGAGUGAACCUGGGCGUUAGUGAGAGGUAUAUCACGGGUGGAAGAGUGGACGUUGGUGCUCUUUUGAGAGAGGGGAAGAACGGGGGUAUUUUCCUGGGAAAUACAGAUGGAUUGGGGUUUGACUUGUAGUUAUAGAGAGCGUGUUUGAGCCUGAGCCUAUGACAGGCAAAAAUGGCCAAGUUAUAAUGCAUCUAUCGAAUAACAAAGUUCUGUUCACACUA